AUGCCUGAUCUAAGCGAAAUCGACUACUCGGAGGAUGCCACUGUGGCUGCCUUCCGAGACUAUUACCGCUUCCUCACCAUGAUGUAUCUAGACGAAUCUCUGAUUCAGGAGCCACCCGAAGGUGGAUGGCCACAUAUCACUCCCGACCGGUGGAAAGGUUUCGACAAGACGGAGGAGGUGUUCUCGCUGCUCCGCCACCUUCCAUAUGUGACAGAGAAGGACGGAACGAUGUUUACCGCCCCGGAGGGCCCGUUCGCCAAUUAUUCUGAGUUUCCUGAUUGUGAUGGGAAGUUGCUUAAGCAGCAAACGGAGCUCGAAUUCGACUACGGAGAUUAUGAGAUUCCCCCUCACAUUAUCGGUCUUGUCAUGUUCAGGCGUCACGGUCCCCGGUUCCUGCUUGACACCAAACUUGGAGUCGUAUACUGGUUCGAUUGUCCAGGGCCCGUAAAAUAUACAGGCCCUGAACAGGUUGGCCCUGAUGUCUACGAUUGGGAAGACUAUAUCUACGAGGACGGAACUCCGUUAAUCACGGAUGAGAAGCAAGCCGAAUGGCGCGCAAGUGGAGGUGUCUGGACUAUACCGGAUUUCUUUGAGAUGCUCAAGUUCCAUUUCAGGGAGCUAAAUUUUGUGCCGAUAGGCAGUGGGAUUGUUACCGAUAUCUGGAUCCGCCGGCCUGCUGAAAAACAAUCUAAAGUCGAGAACAUCCAGCAGACUUACCGGGCAUAUGUCAAUAUUGGGAAGAGCGGUUGCCGGGACCCAGUAUAUCUCGCUUGUUUUCCUUCACCUUCGUUUCUCAAGGGUUCGCCCUUGUCAUUACUUUUGCCUACUGCAACGCCAACUGGUGAAGAAGAUAUGUGGAACUGCGCACUCUCAAAUUAUUCCCCUUUCUUCAACCCGCCAAAGCCCACUGGUACUCUCCUUGACGCCCUCAACUCGUACGGCGAUAAGCUGCUGGAGACGUGUACCGAGUUCCGCUGCCCCUAUCCUGAUGCUACAAAAUGGUGUGGGUUUACGACUGCAGUAGAAACUGCAGUUCUUCCGGCGUACACGAGCUAUGCUAGCUCGGCUUCUCUCUGGUGGGCGAACCACAGCGCUCUAGCAAUCGACCUUGCCGAGAGAUGUCCUCACUAUUGGUACAAGGCCGCCACGGACCACGCAAUCGACGCCAUAUGGUUGAACCAGACCAUCAUUAACGCGGAGUGUUUCGCCAAACCAUCUGUCGUGGAGCCAUCUCCUACCGGAUCGUCUCCAGUACGAUCGUCUACACUGGUGCCUUCCCGAACGGGUACAGCAUCUUCAUUACCAAGUUCUACUGGUGUCUCUUCGGCAUCCUCCACAGUACUCUCUUCUCCGUCUUGGAUUUGGCGAAUGUUGCUCCCAAUAUGGUUGGUGUGGUGAUCUCCCAGGUCACUGCGGGGAAGGAUGCCAGCUGGAAUACGGAAAAUGCGAGGCUUCUUCGACUCCAACAUCCUCCUCCUCGUCGCCGUCCUCGCCACCUGACCCCUCUCCUAAACUUUCCGUAGACGGCCGCUGCGGAGGUACCGAUGGAUAUGUGUGUCCGGGCAGUGGUUUCGGUGAAUGUUGCUCCCAAUAUGGAUGGUGUGGCAACGACGCCACCGAUCACUGCGGGCCUGGAUGCCAGCCUGAGUUUGGUUUUUGUCAGAUUUCUCAACCCAUUUCGCCUGACGGGACGUGCGGCAGGAUGAACAGGGGUUAUGUUUGUCCUGGGAGCAGAUUUGGUGACUGUUGUUCUUUGAAUGGGUUCUGCGGGUCCUCCAGCGCGUAUUGUGGUGGAGGAUGCCAGCGUGAAUUCGGUCUUUGCGACGAGGGGG